CGCUUCGGGACGAAGUGUGCCGCCUGCCAGCAGGGCAUCCCCCCGACCCAGGUGGUGCGCCGGGCCCAGGACUUCGUGUACCACCUGCACUGCUUCGCCUGCAUCGUCUGCAAGCGGCAGCUGGCCACCGGCGACGAGUUCUACCUCAUGGAGGACAGCAGGCUAGUCUGCAAGGCGGACUACGAGACGGCCAAGCAGAGAGAGGCGGAGUCCACAGCAAAGAGACCCCGCACUACCAUCACCGCCAAGCAGCUGGAGACCCUCAAAAAUGCCUACAACAACUCGCCCAAGCCAGCACGGCACGUCCGGGAGCAGCUCUCCUCAGAGACCGGGCUGGAUAUGCGGGUGGUGCAGGUCUGGUUCCAGAACCGAAGGGCCAAGGAGAAGAGAUUGAAGAAAGAUGCUGGGCGGCAACGGUGGGGCCAGUACUUCAGGAACAUGAAGCGAUCCCGGGGGACCUCCAAGUCCGACAAGGACAGCAUCCAGGAGGAAGGGCCUGACAGCGACGCUGAGGUCUCAUUCACAGAUGAGCCGUCUAUGUCAGAAAUGAACCAUUCCAAUGGGAUUUACAGCAACCUCAACGAAGCCUCCCCGGCUCUGGGGAGACAGGCUGGGAGCAACGGGAACUUCGCUCUGGAUCACAGCGGCCUCCCGGCUCAGGACCAGUACCACGACCUGCGCUCCAACAGCCCCUACGGGAUACCCCAGUCACCAGCUUCCUUGCAGGCACUGCCAGGCCACCAGCCUUUAAUCUCCAGCUUGGUUUACCCAGACAACGGCUUGGGCAUCAUGGGACAAGGCGGACAAGGGGUGCCCCAGUCCAUGAGAGUGCUGGCUGGGAACGGACCCAGCUCCGACCUCUCCACCGGCAGCAGUGGGGGAUACCCGGAUUUCCCUGCCAGCCCAGCCUCUUGGCUAGACGAAGUCGACCACGCUCAGUUUUGAUACAGG